AUAUGACUUUUAUUUUUUAGGAAACAUGUUUGUUUGGUGGGAAUUAAAAUUAAGAUGUGGAAAGAUACCGAGAUUAGAAGUAAACAUUUUUGCCAUCACACCUUCUUAAUUAGAGAACACUGUUUAAUUUACAAACAACAGAGAGAGAUGCAUAUGACCUUAUACACUGGUGAUAUGAUUCAUUUAAUUAUUUAAAGAUAUUUGAAGGAAAUCUGACUGGAGUUAAAAAUAUCUAGACUACAAACACAAUCUGCUCAUAAACAUGAAUGAAAUAUAAGAUUGGUAUGAAAUGUUCAGUGACUCAAAUGUGUCAGUAAAAGCAACGUUAAAAGUAAAACUCCUCCCCAUCUUCUUCUCCUCUGUGUCUUUAUAAGCUUCAGUCUCUCUUCUCCUCACACUCCAAACCCUGCUCACAUCUCAGCUCGACAGUAAAUUACACCACACACUGACAACAUGCUGGGGACCCUCUGCACCCUCAUCACUGCUCUAACAUAUGUAGAUGCAGUGAUAGUGCUGACCCAGACGCCUGCUGCCCACACAGUUUCUACAGGACAAGAAGUUGUUCUCAACUGCAAUAUUCAGAGAUAUGAUGGAAAUUAUGUCAGCUGGUAUAAACAGGUUCCCGGUGAAGGUCCUCAGUAUGUUCUGAGAUUCCAUUAUUCUGACAGUGCACCAGACAGCUAUGGAUCAGGAUUCUCCUCAGACCGAUUCAACUCUAAAGCUUCAUCAAACAUUGAUUACCAGUUCAUCAUAAAGCGGACAGAGACGGGAGACUCUGCUGUCUAUUACUGUGCAACAUGGGAUGACAGGGCUUCUGCAGCUGUAUUCGGACAAGGCACCAAGCUGACUGUGACAAGCUCCAGCAUCUCUGCUCCCGUCCUGACCGUCUUCCCUCCGUCCAGUGUUGAGCUCCAGUCCAACAAAGCCUCUCUGGUCUGUCUGUCCAGUCAGUCCGUGCCUUUUGCAGAUGUCACCUGGUUGGCUGGCGGGAGUCCAGUGAGCAGUGGCGUCUCUACCAGCACCGCUGUUCAGAAACCAGAUCAGACUUUCCAAAUCAGCAGCUAUCUGGCCAUCCAGACAUCAGACUGGAACAUGGAUAAGGUUUACACAUGUAAAGUGUCUUUGGGCUCCCAGACUUCAGAGAAAAUCAUCAACAAGUCCGUCUGUCCCACGGAAGAACAGUAGAGGAGCAGAAUGACCAUUUAUCACCUGCCUCUUUACCGUUCGUGCUGUUUGCUUGUUAAAGGUUUUACAUGUUAGAAAAGAUGUGUCUGCAUGCUUGUAAUAAAUGUUGUGACAGUUGGGCGGAGGUGUUGUAUCAGCUUUGCAAAUGCUGCAUUUUUAAUACUCAUAUAAUAAAAUGCCUUAAUCAAA